AUGGCGACCAUGACAGAAAUGGCGGCGGCUCACUCCAGUGACACGAAAGUAUUAUCUGAUAUUCUCAAAUUCUGCUCCCUUUACUCACUCGAGAGUUCAUCACCUCCCACCCCUACCCCCAUCGCACCCUUUUUUUUUUAUCUCAUCACGACAAUUGAGAAGGUAGAGAAGAGGUUGCUGGGUUGGGAAACCUGGAAAAAAUUCUUUCCCUUCCUUUUGUCUUCAAUGUCAGCCUGUCUGUCUGUCUGUCUGUCUAUCUGUCGGGCUUGCUGUUUGUCUGACGUCACUGAUGAACAAGCGUCAGGCUGUAAUCUUUUUUGUUUUCAUUCUUUCUUUCUUUCUUUCUCUCUUUCUUUCUUUUUUCUUUCUUUCUUUCUAGCCGUAAUCUCUCUCUAUGUUUUCUCCUUUUCUUUCUUUCUUUUACAUUUCUUUCUUUCUCUGUGUUUUUUUUAUCUUUCUAGCUGUAAUCUUACAUUUGCUUUUCUUUCUUUCUUUCUUUCUUUCUUUCUUUCUUUCUUUCUUUUCUUUCUUUCUUUCUUUCUUUCUUUCUUUCUAGCCGUAAUCUUUUUUGCUUUCUUUCUUUCUUUCUUUCUUUCUUUCUUUUUUUUCUUUCUUUCUUAA